AUGGGAAACACAAUUCGAUACGCCAUUUUUUCGCAACCGUGGUUGCUUGCCGCGGCUAUCGUUACUAUUUUCAGCUUAGUUGUCAUCACCAAAGCACUGUUACAUCCCCUCCGAGAUGUCCCAGGGCCAUUUUGGGCUCGAUUUACCCGGCUGUGGUAUUUGCGAGCCGUGAGCAUGGGAGACUUUGAGAUGAAAAACAUUGACCUUCACCGAUCUUACGGAUCAAUCAUCCGUAUAGCACCUGGGCAAUACUCUCUCAAUGACCCCGAGGCAAUUCGCACAAUAUACUCGCAUUCGUCAAAUUUCGUUAAGGCACCAUGGUAUCUCGCCAGCUCGAAUCCGAAUUCCGAAUCUCGUGAUCUCUUUACGGAUUUAGACCCUAGGAGCCACGCAAAAAAUCGACGAAAGGUCGCAUCGCUCUACAGUAUGAGCAGUUUAAUCCCGAUGGAGUCUUGUGUUGCCGAUUGUACCAACGUCUUGAUCGAACGUUUCACUGAGUUUGCCAAGUCUAGACAGACGUUCAAUUUACAGAAUUGGAUGCAAUUUUACGCGUUCGACGUGAUUGGUCUUAUCACUCUCAACAAAAGAUUUGGGUUCCUCGAUAGUGGUACAGACCAAAACUCACUCAUAACAUCUCUUAACUCAUACCUUGUAUACGCAUCCCAAGUCGGGAUCUUUCAGGAGUUGCAUCCUUUUUUGUCUAGAAUGCUUGCUCUUCUUCCAUCAAAUGGCAUCGCGCAUCUGGGAGCCUUCACAUUGCAACAGGUUUCUGAGGGCCAGAGGAAGUUUAGGGAGAAAUCUUCAGCUGAUUCUUCGGAUCCAUUCCUCAAAAGACUGCUCAAUAUGCACAGUGAAAAUCCGGACAAAAUCAGUGAGGCGGAUAUCUUCACAACGUGUAUAACAAAUAUUGGGGCGGGAUCGGAUACAACAUCUAUCUCUCUGACGGCUAUCUUGCACAAAAUAUGCCAGCACUCGGACGUUUAUCAAAAGCUCCGCAACGAGAUAGACACAGCCGAUGACCAGGGGAAACUAUCAUUUCCCGCCAUCACUUUCCGGGAAUCUCAAGCUUUGCCAUAUCUACAAGCAUGUAUAAAAGAAAGCAUGCGUCUGCAUCCUGUUACAGGCUUACCGCUGGCUCGAGUUGUUCCUAAAGGCGGGGCAACCCUUUGCGGCAGGUUCUUUCCUGAAGGAGAAAUUGUGGGUGUUAAUACAUGGGUCAUACACCGAAAUAAAGCUGUGUUCGGGAACGAUGCAGAUUCAUAUAGGCCAGAGAGGUGGAUGGAUAACCCUGCCGGCGUCUCCGAAAUGGAGCGCAAUUUCUUGGCUUUCGGCUCUGGAUCGCGGACCUGUAUUGGCAAAAAUAUUAGCUUGGUGGAAAUUGGGAAAUUGAUUCCAGAGCUCAUUAGGCGCUUCGACUUUGAGUUGGUUAAUCCCGAAGCACCGGUAAAGACCCACAAUGUUUGGUUCGUCAAACAGUUGGAUGUUCAAUGUCGCGUUCAGUUACGCAAAAAGUGA